AAACUGUUGCACCAUAGGUAUGUUGUUUUUUCCCAUGUUGUUCCAACUGGAGAAGACUAGUAGUGUGUUGAAGUUCUGACCUGUUAACAAGCUCUACCGCCACAAGAUGAGAACAUUGCACGUCAUUGUGGUCGCUGUCUUUAUGGCAGGUCUUGCUUUUGCACAAGACGAGGAGCGAGAUUGCCAUCAACAAUUAUAUGGCUGUAUUAUGCCCCUGUACAUGAAAUUACGACCACAUAUUCAGUCUGAGGAAUCUGCCAUCGCAUUUAUUCAGUCCACCCCUGUCGAUGCACUCUGCACAAUACUGGAGUCCUUCCGUGAAUGUGCGUUGACGACUAUCAACACAGUCUGCUCUGGAUCGGAAACAAACCUCGUCGAGGAAAUGGCUAACGAACUUAACGUGAUUGCCUAUACAUGUAGCCCUGUUGGCCGUCCAGUUUUUGCAAUGAUGCAACAGUCCGUUUGUCUCCGCGAUAGCAGCUCAUUCCAUACUCUGAGGGGUAUUCUGGAGACGUGUCAGGAUGUGCCCUACGCUACAGUGGAACCUCACUUGGAACAGAGCAGUUUGCAGGGAACCUUGCCCGACCCUGCUGUCGUGUGCCCACAAGUAGCCCAGAUGCGGAGCUGUAUUGUGGGUGGUGUUGGCCAGCUAUGUGGAGAUGCCUUUGAAGAGUUUUUCACUCAGCUGUGGACGAUUUCGAGUACUUCAUUUGUAGGAGAAUAUGACUGCGGUGAGGGACUUCGAAGAGCAACUGCCUUCCGGAAGAGGGGUCUCAGCCACCUUUUGGCAUUGUAAAAGAACAGAAAACGCCGACGAAACCAGUUACAGGUGUCGUGAUAGAUAGCCAUUAGAGGAAUUAAACUAAAUAAACUACUCAUCAACAGCAA